UGGAUAUCGGAUUCGAAUCUUAAUCGAAUUAUUGGAUUGAUACCCUAAAUUCAUCUCCCAUUAAUUUCAUCAUAUUUAAAUUAAAUUCGAAUCAAAAUUCAAUCACACUCCUAAUAACGCGGCUAUGAAUAAUUUUGGACAGGUAAUGUUCGUGUUUAUAUUGAUGAUUUAUGUGCGUAAAAUUUGCUCUAUUCAAGGCUUUGAAAUAUGAGAUUGUCUAUCUUCCUUUAAAUUCACGAGAUCCUCGUCUCUUAUGCUCUCUUUCUCGUCUUCAUGUCUUUCUUAGUUGCAUCAUUUCACCAUUGUUGAUUUGUUUCUUUUUACUUCACGCACAUUGCUAAGCUCCAGUGAGAAACUAAGUGAAGUUGGUGUGUGUGUAAAAAUGUCGCGCUUUGGGCCGACGUCGGAGUUAACAGUAGAAAGCCUGACGGAUCAGUUGAGGAAUACAAUGAGCUACAGUGAAGAUAAUGGCAUCAAUGCUAACAAGCCUGACUUCCGAGAACUCGAUCUGGGUUCGCCAGUUUCGACCUUGUUAACACGCCCGGGUGGAUUCACUGCCACCAGUACCAGUUCAAGUUCCUCCGGAUCCGUCUCAAGCCGGACUGCUGCUGGUCUCAGUUCGAAUAUUCCAAGAAUAUCCGAUUCCAACUACAACAGCCACUCCGGCGAGCUAUCAGGUUCUUCGGUGGAGAGUUCCCCGAAACCUACGCGUAACUUCAAGCCGGCUCAUGGUCGCUCCUAUUCGACCGGUACACACCCGGUAAUUUACUCCGGUGGGGGAUCGGUUAACUCUCCGGCUGUCAAUGUGUUUCCCACCGGGAAUAUCUGCCCCUCCGGCAGGAUUUUGAAGCCCGCCACGACUGUUAGGUCAACCAAGACCGAUGUUUUGGGGUCUGGCACCGCCAAUUAUGGCCACGGCAGCAUAAUGAGGAGUGGUGCAGCAUCUAAACCCGCCGCAACUACCGACUGCGGACCGGCAAAUUACUCGAGAGGAGGGGAGCCAAUGAGGAGAAGGGGAGUGGAUAAUAGUAGUGAUCCAGAGGAAAUGAAGAAAACAGGGAAUGAAAAUUACAAGAAGGGUAAUUUUUCGGAGGCUUUACGCCUGUAUGAUAAGGCCAUCGCAAUUUCCCCGGGCAACGCGGCUUACCAUUACAAUAGGUCUGCGGCUUUGAUGGGUCUGAGGCGGCUGGCUGAGGCCGUGCGAGAAUGUGAAGAGGCCAUUAGGUUGGAUCCAGGAUACACGAGGGCGCACCAUCGUUUAGGGUCUUUGUUUAUUAAUUUAGGGCAGGUAGAGAAUGCCAGGAAGCACCUUUGUUUUCCAGGGCAUCAGCCUGAGCCAAUCGAGUUACUGAGGUUGCAAACAGUUGAGAAGCAUCUGAGCAGAUGCACAGAUUCACGGAGUGUAGGUGAUUGGAGAUGUACAUUGAGGGAAGUUGAUGCUGCCAUAGCUUCUGGAGCUGAUGCUUCUCCUCAGCUUUGUGCAUGUAGAGCGGAGGCUCUCUUGAAGCUCCACCAACUAAAUGAUGCUUAUUUGGCUUUGUCAAACAUUCCUGAACUUGAAUCACACACCACUUACCCUUCACAGCUGAAGGUUUUUGGGAUGCAUCCGGAAGCUUAUUUGUUCUUUGUCCAAGCCCAAAUUGAGCUGUCGAUGGGAAAGUUUGAGAAGGCACUUGCAGCGAUUGAAAAGGCUGGACAAAUUGACUGCCUUAAUGUUGAAGUGUCAGUUAUGCUUAACAAUAUGACAUUGGUAGGCCGAGCACGAACAAAUGGGAAUGAUCUUUUUAUAUCUGAAAGGUAUACUGAAGCUUGCUCAGCUUAUGGGGAAGGACUCAGGCUUGAUCCUGCGAACUCGGUUCUGUACUGCAAUAGAGCGGCUUGUUGGUUUAAGCUUGGGCAGUGGGAGCGGUCUGUAGAUGAUUGCAACCUGGCUCUUAGUAUCAGGCCAAAUUAUGCUAAAGCUCUACUUCGAAGAGCUGCCUCAAAUAUUAAGCUUGAAAAAUGGGCCGAAGCUGUGAGAGAUUAUGAGAUUUUGAGAAAGGAACUCCCAAAUGAUAAUGAGGUUGCUGAGUCUUUGUUCCAUGCACAAGUUGCAUUGAAGAAAUCUCGUGGAGAAGAGGUUUACAAUAUGAAAUUUGGUGGGGAUGUGGAGUUGGUUUCUGGCCUUGAUCAAUUCCGUGCUGCAAUUUCUUCAUCUAGUGCAUCUGUGGUUCAGUUCAAAGCAUCAUCUAACCUACAAUGUAAACAGAUAUCUUCAUUCUUGAACACACUAUGUGCUCGAUAUCCAUCGGUAAAUUUUCUUAAGGUGGAUGUUGAAGAGAGUCCCACUAUAGCUCAUGCUGAAAAUAUCAAAAUUAUACCAACAUUCAAGAUUUACAGAAAAGGCAACCGAGUGAAGGAAAUGAUCUGCCCGAGUCCCGAGGUCUUGGAGUCCUCAGUGAGGCAUUAUAGUAUUUAAACUACAAAUGUUCGACGCUUCUGUACCUUUGUGUCAUGCAUAUCCUUUUGCAUCUCAAUCCCCGGGUUACAGAAAAACCAAUAUUUUCUCCCUAAAUUAUCAGAACCACUGCAAAAUAUUCAAUCUCAUUAGGAGCCAAUAGAACCAAAUGCCAGGGGACUUGGACUGCAUUGCUUAGUCCCCAGUCUCUGUUUUUAUUUAUUCAUUCAUCUAUGGUUUCUAUUUGUUUCAUCUUCCUCCCUCCUUUCUUUCUUUUUUUUUUUUUUUUUCUACUUUCAAAUUUUUCGAACUUUCUUUGGCACGUCAUCUUCCAGUAGGCCGUAAGCUUCCUCAUACACGUUGAGAAGUAUAUAUAAUUGUUCAAGAAUGCUCUUCUAGUUAAAUACCGGGAGACACAGAAAGCAUGGCUUGGUGGCUUUUAGUCAAGAAAUUGUACAUGGAUAUAUAUGGUUGAUAUAUACACAACAAUGGAGUACAUCGAAGCAAUUGGAUAUCGCGUUGACACUUGUCUGGUUAGUGAGAGGAUGAAUUCUAUGUUAUUGAUGUUUCUGUUCUCAACCAUUUAAUCAAUAAAAGUUCAUAAAUUUUUUCAUCUA